AUGAGAUGCUCUUCGACACUGUACAAGGUGACAAAGGUGCCUACGCGUAGUAUUGUGCCUGCCGACGUACUUCGAUACCACCCUAGAUAUUCUGUAUCUCGAAAAAUGGUUCUGAGUAGUUCAUUUGACGCUGUAGAUGAAAAUAACCGAUUUGUUUCACUUCGCCUUAUUCUAGAGAAGCUUAGUGGACAUGUUGGAAGGAGACAGUAUAAGAUGCUCUGUGAUUCCACUCGAUAUUACGAGAAACUAAAGAAUGAAGGAAUAGAUUGGCAUGAACUCAAAUGGCUUAGUAGAGAAGAACUUAUUGAUCUUUUUGAUAGUGUUCUUAAACUAUCACACGCAGAAAAAGCUCUCCUAUUACCUGCUAUUGAGGCAAAAAUAUGUGGCGUACUUCGUCGCUCUGACACGAGACAUUCUACAACAUUGUGUUUAAAUCGAGGUGUUGCAGAGCAUGGGUGGCGGUGUGGACUCUAUGGUCACACCAAUGAUGUUUAUUUUGAGGGAAAGGCAAAGGCUAAUCCUUCUAUGCUGGAGUUGUAUCAUCGUUCUUCGGUGAGAAGCGUCGAACGAUCUGGUGUUCGCGUUGAAGUUCGAACGGCGCCUGAUUUUUCUGUAGUAGGUCGCUUUAAUCAUUCUCUCAGUCCACGUAUCUGGAGCACACCAGAGAAUCCAACUUUUCAGGUUUCUACAAUUGGCUACGAGUUCCGCGUUAAUCCAGAUGAUCCACGAGUAAUACCACAAAUUGAAGAGGCAGCCGAAGAGUGGGAACUUCAUGCUGCUGUUACUCAACAAGUAGUGUGGGAAAUGUUAGAAAUGUAUGCUGUGGAAAGAAAUCCACAACCAUUAGAGCUAAAAUCAGGAGAAAUGGGGAGACCUGAUUACCCGAGCUUGUAUUCGAGUGCAUUUAGUGUACGAUUCAAUUCGACAGUCGACGCAUCAGAUAGUGGUGAUAUAGUAACUGAACAACGGAUGAUGUCCGCGGAUGGUAAAGAGGUGCCGUGGUUUAGGGAGCCCCUUCCACAAAAUUUUAAAGAUGGAAUUCCUGUGAUUUUACCUUUUGCACCUUCUUUAAUUAUAAGGAGCUCCUUCCGACAAGUAACAUGUUCUUCUUCGAAUGAUCUUACACAUCAAUUACUUCAACCAGUAGUGGAUGUGACUUGCUUUGUGCACCCCCAAGCAUGUUUUUGGUGGUCUGAGGAGGAUGAGGAACGUUGCAUUGGUCAUAUAGUAGAAUACGCCAAGCGUAUACCAUUUGCAUUACCCUUUAAUUUGUACCUUCGAGUAGACUCCUCAAAAGACCUUCGAAGUACACCAAGUAAGGUAGAAAUGAUGGAUAAACGUAGAAAAGAGAAAUCCCAUUACUUUGACUUGCGGGAAUUUCGGAAACUUCAGCUAAAUGACCCAAGAGAGUAA